AUGGACAACAAUAUCGUAGCACAAGAGACUCCGCUUCUGAGCGAGAACAAUGAAAUCACAGCAAAGAAAGACUCUGAAGUUCAGAUCGGCGACUCGGAUUCAGGUAUCGCAUUUAUUGCUCAGUUCUUUCACCUGGCGCUGGCGUGCAUUGUAUUUGGGCUUAGCCUAGUAUACCGCGACGAGAUAAAGGUGAACUGCAUCUUCUUGCUGAUCAUUUCUUCGGUCAAACUCUUCGCGUUCAAUGGCCCUGUGCAAGGCAUCAUCAUUCCUCUGGAAAUCGGAUUCUUGGCUGUCGCUGCAGUCUCCUGCAUGGCCACUGCACGCAUCAUCCGUAUCUCUGCGAUCCAGGUUCGCGGAACCAAUCGCGUGCAUGAUCCUAACCACCUUGUUCCCGCGUGGCACUUGGCUACCCUGGAAGAGUCACAGUCUUGCCGUCGCAGAAAGAACAGACAAUUACAAUUGGCUUGA